UCAAACGGCCACACUGCACCUAAUAAAAGACAAAAAAUUGCAAUUUGGCAAAGUUUUAUCGGCUUUAAUUAUCAAAUUUCUACGUUUAAAUUGCGGAAAUGUGUUAGUCUACGUAUAAUUGACGAAGGUCACCGAACAGACAGCAUCAGGAGGCCACAAGGCUUGUGGGUGGCAGCAAACAAAGGGGCGAGUCAACCGAAUAAAGCAAACAUCUCGCGCACACAAACACACACACCGUCAAACAUCUUGACAAACAAACAGAGAACCUGGCUGAGACGCAGAAAGUGAUAUAAGUUGAAAGGCCAAGCAACUAAUUCGAUUGCCAGUCCAGGAACACGAGCGUGAACGCUGCUCGUUGCGCCAGGGAAUAACCGAAGGUCAGCAAGGUGUCUGCCUACGAAAGCAUGGACUUGCAGCAUAUGGAGAAUGGCCUCAGUGGAGGGGGCGGAGGAGGAGGAGGUGGAGGUGGAGGCGGUGGUCUCAGUGAAAUAGACUUCCAAAGGCUGGCGCAAAUCAUAGCCACCAGCAUCCAGAAGGUGCAGCAGAAUGUUUCCACCAUGCAGCGCAUGGUAAAUCAACUGAACACGCCCCAGGAUUCCCCGGAACUGAAGAAGCAACUCCAUCAAAUAAUGACCUACACCAAUCAGCUGGUGACCGACACAAACAAUCAAAUCAACGAGGUGGACAAGUGCAAGGAGCGCCACCUGAAGAUCCAACGGGACCGACUGGUCGAUGAGUUCACGGCGGCACUGACCGCCUUCCAGGCCGUCCAGCGCAAGACUGCGGACAUAGAGAAGAGCGCGCUGCGGCAGGCGCGGGGGGACAGCUACAACAUUGCCCGGCCGCCAGGCUCCUCGCGCACCGGCAGCUCUAACAGCAGUGCCAGUCAGCAGGACUCCUUCUUCGAGGACAAUUUCUUUAAUCGCAAAUCAAACAACCAGCAGCAGCAACAGAUACAGACGCAGAUGCAGGAGCAGGCGGAUCUGCAGGCGCUUGAGGAGCAGGAGCAGGUCAUCCGAGAGCUGGAGAGCAAUAUUGUGGGCGUCAACGAGAUAUACAAGAAGCUGGGGGCCCUGGUCUACGAGCAGGGACUGACGGUGGACUCUAUUGAGUCGCAGGUGGAGCAGACAAGCAUUUUCGUUUCGCAGGGCACCGAGAAUCUGCGCAAGGCGAGCUCUUACAGGAACAAGGUGCGCAAGAAGAAGCUGAUCCUGGUGGGCAUCCUGGCCGCCGUGCUGCUGGUCGUCAUCUUGAUACUCGUCUUUCAGUUCAAGAACUAAGCUAAAUCCGAAUCAUUCAAACCAAAACUAGUAAAUAUUGUUGUGAAAAGACAAGAGUUGCCGCAUACAGGCCCCUAACCCCCUAACACACCCCACCCUUGGACCUUAGGCGCAUUUGUGGCUUCAGAAAAAAACCUUAAACCUCCACUUCCACUACUUGGCUAGAGAUCGAGCAACUCGGUAACUAAGGCAAAGGCAAGGAGUAUUCACCGAACAAGUGCAUAUACGUUAUAUUCGCUUUAAAAUUAUAUAUUAUCUUAUCUUUUAUAUUGUCUGUACUAUUAUUAUUACGCACCCUGUAUAUUGAUAUAUUGAUUAACAACUGUGUUGGCUGCAAAUUCAAAACAAUAUGUUCCGAAACUCAUUCGCCAGCGCUUAAUAUAUGGUAUUUAGAAAUAAGAAUAGGCAGAGAGGAAGAUCCAUACAAUCCAUGUACGAAAAAUGAAAUAAUAAACACAAGAAAACCGA